CAACACACCCUGCCUACGUGGCGGUGACGUUGCAGAGCCGCCUAGCCGCGCCCACCGUGCCAGAGCGAGAGUGGCUGCGAGAGAGGGUGGUUGUGUGUGUGAUCUGCGCAGCACCUAUCCGUUGUUUUCCUGACCAACCAACAUCAAGACAACUGAGUGAGCGUGAAUUGUCAGUGGGACCUGCUCAUCAGUACUUAUUCUUGGCCUGAGGCACUACUUGCAUGACAAGGCAUCUGCAACAGAAGAGGGAAGAGACAUCCUGAGGCUGCACCUGCAACUACAUCAAAGCUCACUUCAGAAGUCUUGAAGAGCUAAAGGAGCUUUGGUUGUAAGAUGACUCAGCUAAGGUUAGUUGUCUUGGAAGUUCCUGAGAGCCAAGGACCUUCAAUCAAGACAGUUUUUAUGUCCUAACUGCUGUGAUUAGAUGUCUUGGAAGCUCCUGAGAGCCAAGGACCUUCAAUCAAGACAGUUUUUAUAUCCUGACUGCUAUGAUUAGUUGUCUUGGAAGCUCCUGAGAGCCAAGGAUCUUCAUUCAAGACAAAUUUGUUAUAUCCUGAAACCUGACUGCUGUGAUUAGAUGUCUUGGAAGUUCCUGAGAGCCAAGGACCUUCAAUCAAAACAAGCACUUUAAUCUGAAGCCCAAGGUUUCUCUGAGAAGUUCCUGAGAGCCAAGGAUCUUCAGUCAAGCCAGUGGCUGUUAUAUCUUGGUAGCUAAGAGUGGUUUUCUUGGAAGUACCUGAGAGCCAAGGACCUUCAACCAAGGUGCCAACAGUUAAGAUAUUAAUAGUUAGGUAGUUUCUUAGAACUUUCUUUCAAGACACCACCAGCAUCAACAUCAUAUUCACAUGGAGUGUUGCCCUUAAGUUUUAUUAGGUGGUAGUAAUCAUCAAAGUAAACUCGUGAAUGCACGCCACUUGUUCUGUAUAUAUUGCCCAGCACUUAGUCUUGAUACUCGGCUGUUAAGCCUGUGCUGGAUGUUAGUCCCUUCCCUGGGGCAAUUAUUUGGCUACCACACUUUGUCCCUUGAACUUUAUUGAGGUAGAUGUUUAUAUGCUAACCUACAAGAAAUAAACUGUUCAGCAACUAACCAGGGCAGAUCAAAAGCUAGGCCACUACAGAUUUAAGUGAGGUGUGUUAGCCACUGUAGCAGAUCCAACAUUUAUUUUUCAUAGUUCCAAGUUCCUCUUGGCUUUUCAUAUCACAUCUCAGUUACUUUAGAAAAAUUAACUGAAAUAUGGAAACUGAUACUAUAAAUUUGAUUUUGUGCGUAUUGCCUGAGCACUUGAAGGAAAAGGGAUCUAAACUCAUAGAAAUAUGUAAGAUACGCGAAGAGGAGCGUUUACGAGAACGUUCCUACAAGUAUGGCGGGGGCAGGGGCAGAGGCCAUUCUCGGGAAAGGAAUAGUGUUGAUGCCCAGGCCAAGAUAAAGGAAAAAGUGGAAGCAACAGCUGUUCCACUAGCCAUUGCAAGGCUGGUGAUGGAACUGUGGUCAUCCAGGAUGCGCAAACAUGCCGAGAACCUGAUUCUGCAGAAAGCUAUCGAGGAAGGUUACUUGGAGGAGAACUUACUGAAGUGGGUCCAUGCCCUGGAACACAAAGAGGAGGAGGAGGAAGCUAAGCCAGAUGAGGAAUGGCUCAUAGACAAUCAAGAUGAAGCCAUAAUUAAAUUAGUGUGGGAUGUGUUCAAUAUAAAGGAGCAUUAUUCUCAAGUCAAGAGUCAUCGCUCUUGGGUGCUGAAAAGUUAUUACCGCCUGAAAGAUUUCUUGCCAUCCUUGCAAGAAGAGAUUAUGCAAAGGCAUGAUCUAAGCAAGUAUGCUUUCAGCCAAGCUAUUGGGUACACAUUGAAAUGGGUUCAUAACACCUACCAUGAAAUUUGGAAAGAGGCCUGUGAUUUUCACCUGUUCAACGAGCCCCACCACCCCCAGGCCUGGAGCAAAAAAAACACACCUGAAGAGAAGCAUAACAAGCUCCGCAGGUGGCUGUCUGGUGCCAGUAACUUCCACACAGGUUGUCCUUAUGGACUUGACAUAGCCAACCUUGAUCUGAGCACAGAAGAUUUUGCAGAACCUUUCUUGUUAGAGAGUUACGUAGACAUGGUUGGUGUUGAGUGGGAGAGAAAGAAGGGUCAGGAUGAAAACAUUUUAACAAGGGAACUUGCUUACAUAGAUGACAAGUUCUUAAGUAGGUACACAAAGAAGCAACAUCUAGUCAUCAGCAACUUAAUUGAACGUAUUAUUGCCUCUGAUACAUCUUGGAAAAAUAUUCCCCUAACAGAAAGAGAGCAAGCCAUAAUGAGCACAGUACCACCACCAAAACAAGGAACAUUUGCAACCCAGGUUCAAAUACAAAAACAGAAAGAAGAGAGUAGGUUUGUCAAGCUGGGGGAUGCAAGCACUGAUGGAACAUCAGCAUUAAGUAAGGAAGUGCUGGACAACUCGUUCUUCAUCAUGCUUUGCAAAGCAGUUAUAGAAUUCUGGGAUGGCCGUCUGAGAAAGCGAGCAGAGCACUUAAUCCUCAAAAAGGCCAUUGAAGAGAAGCAGAUAAAGAGUGACCAUGUUGACUGGAUAUUAGCAUUUGAGGAAAAGGACUACAAAGCUGAAUCUUCCUCCAGCAGAGACGCAUGUGUCUCAAUAAUUUCUGAUGAUGCGAUCGUCAAAUUAUUAUGGGAUGAAUUUCAGCUGAGUAACCACUUCAUACAAGUACAGCGACAUCGUUACUGGAUCAAGCAGAGUUACCUUCGCUUGGCCCGCUUCAUGCCAGAGUUGAGUGACGAAGUGAUAGAACGUCAUGACCUCACCAAACUGUCCCUAACUCAGAGCCUCGGGUACACCCUCAAGUGGGUGCAUAAUAUUAGCUAUCCUGUGUGGAGAAGAGCCUGUGACAGUCAUCUCAACUGCGAACCUCACCACCCUCAGAUGUGGUCCAUUAAAAAUACACCAGAGCAUAAGAAAAAUUGUCUAGAGAGCUGGCUAGGGGGCAGAGAUUCUUAUGGUGUGGUAGUGUCAACUCUUGACCUUGGCUCAGAAAAUAUGGCUCGGGUAUUCUUGCUGGAGAGCCUGAUAGAUAUGGUGGCAGUGGAAUGGGAGAGGAAUAAAGAUGAGAAGCCAGACCUUAGCUACACACAACUGAUAUCCAUGGAGGACAGAUUCUUAUCCAGGUAUACCCCCCAGGACAAGGCUUUUGUCGUACAACUGAUGGAGACCAUAAGGAUGGCUGACCAUAAAUAAAUUUUGAUUCAAUGUCAAUAUAUCUCCCAACAUGCCCCAGCUACUUCUGACAUCCAGUAGACCUUAUUUAAUAUGUUUGAAAGUUGAUAGACUAUAAUAUUGUAGGUGUAUACAUAAAUUAGUAUAUAUUUAUGACUAUAAAAGUGAAGAAAAUAGGAUUAUUUGUUAUUGCCAUGAUUUUACUCUAAAGAUUUAUGGAUGGCUUUUACAAUUGAGUUUGUCCUGUAUUACAUAGCAUGUGUCACUCUCCUCAUGAUAAAACAUGAAUAAUCGAUUAUUAUGCAGUAAUCCAUCUUCAAACGCCUUUGUUUUCAUUACACCUGUGCCUCUCUCUCUCUACACAUAAAUUCAGUUUUCCUGUGAAAUAGUUUCAUCAUUUGUAAAUAUGAUUGUAAUAACAGCAGUAAUAGUUAUAGUUAUUUUCCAUGGCAAGCAGAUCAAAACAAAGUCUUGUGAAUUUUCAAAAGCUUGUUGCUUAUAUGGCAGACUAGUGGGCUUUAUGAUGCCGACACAAGCAUCACCGCACAAAUGGGGUUAAUCUGAUGGGUGAUGUGUUUCUUUGCUUUCCUGUAGUACUGGCAGGACUCAGCUUCUGACUGUUUAGUCAAAUGGAAAGUCAAUCGUCAUAGAGUUUUACUUUACAUUAUGGCCUUAUAGUGUUAAAACCUUAAGCAGCAAGCCUGUGCCUGUUUGGACUGGCAAUAUUUUCUGACCAACGAAUGGCAGCCCAUGGCGCCAUUAGUUGGCUUUCUUCAUAGGGUUUGAUGGUCAGCCCCAGCCUGUUGUGGCACAGGCAGGUGUUUUAUAGUGACACCGUAUUGCAUUGGCUCAUGCUGCCCCGCAGAGCUCAUCUUUCAUCCUGGAAUCUAGAGUCCAGGUUGAUAGGUGGUAUUCUGGAUAGCAUGUGGGUCAGCAUUUCCCAACCUGGGGGAAAUUUUAUGAUUCCAGGGGGGAAAUUUAACCUGAAGGAAAUAUAAAUUACUAGCAAUUAGUCGGCAGAAACGAGGCGUCAAGAGAAAUUGAUUGACUGAUUUGUGUUAUUAAAGUAAAUAUUGUGUUUGGCUACAAUUUAUUUAUUCUAUUAUUUGUGUUAUUAAGCAAGUAAAUUUCGUGUUUUGGCUACUUUUUUCCUUGUCUACAUGAAGGGGGAAACCCAGGUGGUUGAAGUUGAUGAAGGGGGAAACAACAGCAAAAAGGUUGGGAACCACUGAUGUGGGUAGUCUUAGGCCACUCGCUGGUGACUGAAAAAUCCCAGCUUGUGGCACCAGGCGGGGCGCGAACCCGCGUCAUCCUGAACACGGCGCUGUCACGCUAUCCACUUAGCCACACUGUCUAGUAUAUAAGAUUAAUAAGGAUAGUUUGCUUACACCUUAAAUGUGUAUGCUGCUAAUUAGAUGUUAUGCAGUAGUCCAUAAAUCGUUAAAUAUACUCUCACUUGCACAAGGCAUAAUUUGUUGAAAUUAACAUUCACUAAGCGCGGCAAAUUUUUCACAAGGCUGGCCACCUCAGCGCCACAGCAUAAAAAGGGGACUAAUUUUUUUCAAGACCAAUUGUUUUUGAGCUCAUAAUUUCCUGCCUUCAGUAAUUUUUCAUGUAAGUUUAAUUUAGAUGAACAGACUUUCACUAUAAUUCUUAAACACAGGCCAUUUUUAGAGUAUGGUUUUGAUUAAUACUUAUCUCUGAUGAUUUUUGAUGGAAAAAUUUAUUAAUUUGCAUCAACUACAUAAUUUACAAAGGUAUUUCUCCUCUUUUUUGUCCUGGGUUGUGACUAACUGAUUCUUACCUUACAGGUUUGUAGUCGAUGGUCACUUUACCUCAAUUACCUAUUGUCAUGUAACCAAAGCACGUAUAAAUAAUUAGACAUCUUGGAGAGAAAUACUUAGGGGAAAAUCAGGGAUUGAGAAUGUGAAUCUAUUAUUAAUGUUUCUCCAUUCUACAUUGUAAACUCAUGACAGGUUUUUCAUUGAAAAGUUCUGUAUCAGACCAUUUUACUAAAGCUAAUUCUCUUCAGAUAAGUAAUUGUUAGCUACUUCUCACAGUUGGAAUGAUGCUGAUCUAUAAUGGUAUGAGAUGGGUAGGGAGAAUUUACUGAACAACAGCAAAGGCCACAAGCUAUUGGCCAUCUCUGAAAAAAUGUAAAUAGAAUAAUGGUUAGGAUAUAGAUGGACUAGAAGACUGUAGACUUAGCGCCUGGAUUCAUUUAAGUUCUUACAGACCAUUUGUUCGGUCUGUCUUGCAAAGCUUCAUACGGAAGAUUCACCAUUAGACAGUAUUGGCUAUACACGCAGCAUCACACGCGACCACCCAGAGAAUGGUCAACGAGGUACUUUUCCUAGUGAGCUGUUCUUUUUCUACUUCAGGAUUCCAGAAUACGAGUUGUAUUUUGGUGCCAAAUGUCCAAACACAGUACCUGCUGGCUAUGGUCUACAUGCCUAGCUAUCGCUCCACAGGCCCAGGUUCAAAUCCUGGCCCAGGCAGUCUGUGUGCAGCUCACCCAGCUGUUCAUCCUCCCCUUUGUAAAUGGUCAGUUAAUGGGUACCUGGGGAAGGUAAACUGGCAAUCCUGGAUUUCACAUUGGCCUGUGUCCCAGGAUAAUUGGUUGUAACAUAUCACAGGCUCAAAGGGACAACAGGUUGAAGAUGAGCACCAUAACCACAUGCAGCUAUAGUGUAUGUACCCACCUUUACCAUUGUUCGUAGGUGUUGAGGUUUGCAUCGGUUUGUGGUAUACAUGACCAGUGAAUGUCACAUAAAUGCAGGCUUGUAUCUACCUUGUGAAAUCCCAUUAUGGCCAAAGCCAACAUGAGAUGUUGCAUCUUCUGAACAUUUCAUUCCUGGCUGUAAUUUGCUUUGUAGCAUCUAGUAUAAAUUAAUGUUAGAUGGGUAUUAUUUCUGAAGGUGUGGUUAUUUUGCCAUCUGAUUUAAAAAUAGUGAUGUCAUCACUCCCUGAGCCAAUUAUAUUGCAUAUCAUGCAAUUAAAGUUUUCACUCAUAAUGACCUUCAGACACCAUUUAGACAUUAUUGGCAAUCCUGUAUUUUUUAAGAAAUAUACAGGCAAUUACUGUUAGGACCCUUGAGUGGUCUGUAGAACUGUCAUACAUGUUAAGAAAAAAAAAAUGCAGUUACAAAAAAUGUAUGUUCUCCAGCAUGUAGCACUGACCUUACACUUUGAAAUUCAAUACAACAUCCUUAAACUUAAACAUUAACAUUCUUUAAACUUAAACAUUAACAUGACCUGCAAGAGUUCAACAAAGGUAACGAAAGGGUUUCCUUGUAGAACCAGUAUUCUUGUUCAGGCAUCAGUUACUGAAGUUAAAGUUAAAUAAAAAUUCUGGUGGUAACAGGCCCUGCUAUGAAUGGGCCAAUUACAUUCUUGGCGACAUUCUACUGUAUGCAAUGAUCUUGAAACCUCCAGCUGUAACUUUACAGCACUGUAUUUUCCAUAGGUGUUACAUAUUCUGCCUAACAAACUUGCAAUCCACAUAAGAACUUAAGACAUAAACACAAAGGUUUCAUUCCCAGUUAAGAAUUGAGAUCUUUUUAAUAUUAUAAUUUGUUAAGUGAAGAGAUCUUUUUAAUAUUACAACUUGUUAAAUGAAGAGAAGAAAAACACUGUAAAUGAAAAAUAAGCCACUGUGAAUCUUCAGCCCACCUCACAACUAUGUAUAUGAUUAUUUAAUAAAUAUUUACAAUAAAGGACAA